AUGUAUCGGCAAAUUCUUGUGGAUACCGAGCAAACGUCACUACAAAGAAUAUUAUGGAGAGAUGAUCCUUCAGAAGAUAUAAAAACUUAUGAGUUACUGACGUUGACCUACGGUACAUCACCGGCAUCAUUCAUAGCAACGAAAGUUCUCCAACAAUUGGCGGUGCUCGAAGCCCAUAAAUUUCCAGAAGGAUCAGCAGUGGCACGCAGAGACUUUUACGUAGACGACUUUAUAUCAGGAGCAAACACAUUGGCAGAGGCAGUAGAAAUUAGAGAUCAGGUAUCUGCAUUGCUUGUAGCCGGAGGCUUUAAAUUGCGAAAAUGGGCCUCCAAUUGCAAGAGUCUACUCGAUGGGGUGCGUAACGCGUCAACAACCAGUUACUUGAGUUGGACAAAUCUGGAGCGGCUAAAACUUUGGGCGUCAACUGGAAUCCUGAAGAGGGCGCCUUUCAGCUUACUAGGUCCGGUUAUCACUAGAGCGAAAAUUUUAAUGCAAAGGAUUUGGAGAAGCAACGUAGAUUGGGAUGAUCCACUACCCUCGGAAAUCAACGCAGAAUGGAAUCGCUAUAUUCAAGAUCUAGCAAACGCUAGAGAGAUCACAGUGCCUCGCAGAAUUAGGGGCGACCCUAAGGAAGGAGACAGCCACGUGGAAAUCCAUGGAUUCGCCGACGCCAGUGAGAGCGCUUAUGGCGCGUGUAUAUAUCUCCGCAGUUUUAAUGCAAAUGGAACACCCGAAGUGCACUUAGUAUGCUCCAAGUCGCGGGUGGCUCCAAUAAAAACGCUAUCGAUGCCAAGAUUAGAGUUAUGUGGAGCUCAACUUUUGGUACAACUUGCAGAAAAGGUCAAGAAGUCGUUAGAAAUUCAUAUUG